AACCCCCCUGGAUCCGAGCGGAUCACGAGCCUGCUUUUGAUCCGAUAUCGAUCGAACCGGAGGAGAAUAACGGGGGCAGAUAUCAUCUGACGGUGGAUAUAGCAGCUAGGGCAACCCAUCCGUCCUUUUUCCUUCCCAUUUCCACUAUAUAUUCUCUCGUGAACCCCUCGCCCCGACUCCCUCCCCUCACCCGCCUCCCCUCGCCGCUGCCGCUGGUCACAGCCGCCAUGGGUAGAGUGAUCAGGGCUCAGAGGAAGGGUGCGGGUUCGGUCUUCCGCUCCCAUACCCACCACCGGAAAGGCCCGGCCCGCUUCCGGAGCCUCGACUACGGGGAGCGCAAUGGUUAUCUCAAGGGCGUUGUGACGGACAUCAUCCACGACCCCGGGCGCGGCGCCCCGCUGGCCCGCGUCACCUUCCGCCACCCCUUCCGCUACAAGCAUCAGAAGGAGCUAUUCAUCGCCGCCGAGGGAAUGUACACGGGCCAGUUCGUCUACUGCGGCCGCAAGGCCUCCCUCAUUGUCGGCAACGUCCUCCCCCUCCGCUCCAUCCCCGAGGGUGCCGUUGUCUGCAACGUCGAGCACCACGUCGGCGACCGCGGCGUCCUCGCCCGCGCCUCCGGCGACUACGCCAUUGUCAUCAGCCACAACCCCGACAACGGCACGACCAG